CAUUUCAUUGCCUGGCUUCCCACAGUCUCCCUUGGGUUUGAGCCUGUGUGAAUGCAUUUCUUUGGGUCUGACUCAGAUCAUAUUACACAGAGCAGCGAGGUGAGCACGUCAGACCUGCUGAGUUGGGCUGGGCAGGGCAGGUGGGUGUCAGCUCUUCUACACAGCAGCCAGGGCUGCCUUCCCUCCCCAAGCUGGGAGAGAGUUCCUGUUUGUAGGAGGCACGUUAUUCCUGGAUAGGGUCACAGCAGGAGUCCACACCCCAGCCUUGUUCAUGAUCUGCCAUAAGUCCUGCCUCCUGUCUGUACACAGGUGAUCACCUCUACAAGCAGCUACAAUAGGACAAGGAGGUGCUCUGGGAGCGAAACUGGAUUUUUGUUGCACUCCACCUGGUUUCUUGCUCCUAAAAUGGCUGUCAGACCUCACUUCCAGGGACUUGGCAUGGAAGAGAUGGUAUGGGAACAGUACACUGUGACUUUACAAAGGGAUCCAAGGAAAGGAUUUGGCAUUGCGGUUUCUGGAGGAAGAGAUAAUCCACAUUUUAAAAAUGGUGACAACUCCAUUGUGAUUUCAGAUGUGCUUCCAGGAGGUCCAGCAGACGGCAGCCUUCUAGAAAAUGACAGGGUUGUUAUGGUUAAUGGAACUCUCCUGGAGAAUGUGCCACAUUCAUUUGCAGUUCAGCAGCUAAGGAAAUGCGGAAAAAUAGCUGUUCUGGUUGUGAGAAGACCACGCAAAAUUCCAAUGGGCAUGCCAAGCAAAUCCGAACCCGCAUUAGAUAUCAUGGAUGAUUACGCAGAGUUUGAAAAUAGAACCGCAUAUAGUGCUUAUAGUGAUAGGAGUGGGCUAGGAGCCUCCCGGAGUCGUGACCCAAGCCCAGACAGAGGAUUUAGGAGAGAGCCAGAAAGAGGGCCCUACUAUGAGCGAGAUUCUAGAGGUUAUGGAAAUCGAGCCAGAAGUGUCGAUCAGGAUCUUAAUCUGGAUUAUGGACUCAGACGGGACUAUGCUCGUGGCAGGAGUAUGGAUCGUGGUCUUGAUGAGGAUCCUGGAUACAGAAGAGACCAUAGUAGAGGCAGAAGUAUAGAGCGUGGCCUGGAUGAUGACCGUCUAUACAAGAGAGAGCGCAGCCGUGGCAGAAGCCUUGAUCGGGGGCUUGAUGAUCCACGUGACAACAGAAGGGAAAGCAGCCGUAGCAGAACCUUAGAACAAGAUAGGCAUGGAAGAAGUAUGGAUUACAGUCCAGAGCCAGCUUAUGGCAGGAGAACCUCCCCUGAUCGGAAGUAUGAAAAGGAAAUCCAGAAGAGUCGCAGCCGGGACAGACUUCAAUCUCGCAGCCCAUCGCCACAGCCUUAUGAAGAUUCAGAUAAAACCAACUGUGUCCUGCUCACAAAGAAAAAACCAAAUGAAGAAUAUGGUCUUCGUCUUGGCAGUCAGAUCUACAUUAAGGGGCUUACAAACACCGGCCUGGCGGCAAAAGAUGGAAAUCUGCAUGAAGGGGACAUUAUUCUCAAGAUCAAUGGUAUUUUGACGGAGAAUAUGUCUUUAGCUGAAGCACAAGCGCUGAUUGAAAAAUCUCGAGGGAAGCUUCAGCUAGUUGUACUGAGAGACAAAAAACAGACCCUACUCUCUCUCCCCUAUGUGGAGGAUAGCGAGUCAGAUAUGGAGGAGGAUCUCCCACAGACGCACAAGAGAAGGAAUCCAAGGGCUAGGGAGGCAUAAGUGUCAAAUAAGAACAUGCCAAGAGAUCAAAUUCCGGAUCAACACUACUGCUUAUCUAACCAAAGAUUUAAAUGAAAAAAAAAAAAAUGUAUUUUAUACUCCAUUACAGAUUAAUUCCUUUAAAAGUCAGAGACAAAUAAAAUAUUUUUAUUUUGAAA